ACAAUGCAUUAUGUGCGAGUGUAACUAUAUUCGGUCCUGAAGCUAAUGAAGUUGCUUUUGUUCAAGUGUACGAAACCUUCAACCCCUCAAGAUUGAAUCCAAUUCGAAUUUGAUUCACCUUAAUACUAUUUCCAAAGCAAUGCACUUUAAAUCAGCAUUCUUUCUCAAUUCAGGUGCAUAAGCUAAUAAUUUUGAUUAGGGAAAGUAGAAAUCCGGAGGGAAAGGGCCUUUGCAUUCCUUCUGACCGGAAGCUAUUACUGUGUAUUUAAGCGUAGAAAAGCUCUUUGUCUCAUCACCGGAUGCACUAAGGAGGCAGGGCCCGCUUCUUGGGACGUCUGGAAGUGACAGUUCAUGUCGCCAGUUUUACUUUGAUGUGCAAUAGGUUCAUUUUCUAGCUGCAUUUCAUCUCCACCAGCUUGCUAUCUACAGCCCUUGUGCAGGCAACCACGACAACUUUCUCAAGACUACGAUCCCCAGGUAGAAAUGGAAGGCCACCACCCUAAGAGGUGUCCUUUGAAGACUAGACCACCAAAGUGGAAGGAGAAGCUUAGAGAGAUAUGCUUAUCAAGAGUGCGGGAGGAUAGAUCCCAGUUGCUUCAUAAAUUUCGACUUUCGAGCAAAUCAGCUAUAAACUCUAAGGAAACUGCAGUUUUCGCUCUUGAGCAGAUAGUUUCAGAAGAGUUAAUUAAAGUUAGAAAUUCAUCUGAUGGAGAUAUAAAGAAUGUUAUUUUAUCUGAUAAAGAUGAUGCAAUUUGGGAUUAUGAGCCAUCACAAUCAGUCAAAAAACUGGACAAUGUUGAGUAUCAAGAGAUAUUGCUGGAGAUGCAGAGACUUCUUUAUGAUGAUAUAGAAGUGGAGUUGAAACAAAGAGAUGCAGAUUUGCUCGAGGACUAUGAAAAAGCAUGUGCACUUGAGGAUGAGUCUCUAGCUGCAGCAUUCUCAGAGCACAUGAAAAUACACGAAGAACAGAAUGGUGGGCUUCUGUGCCCAAUAUGCAGGAAAGAGUUUUUAAAGCAACGGUCACAGUUGAUCUAUUGUGAAUGUUGUGAACUAAAGCUGGAUAUUCAGAGUGAUCAGGUGGAUAUAGAAUUUUUACGAAAACGCCUUUCAGAGGUGUUGGAAGAACAUUAUAGCAAAGGAUGUAAAGGCCAAACAAAAUUUUGUAUAGAAAGUCAGUUUAAUAUUUAUGCUCUAUACAUGCAGUGUAGCAUGUGUGAAGCCUUUGAGAUUGUAUUAUGAGCCUAACAUAUGCAGAUGAAUGUAUAUAGUUUUAUUUUGUCAUCAUUUACCAUAACAAUCUUGAGACAAGAUUCAAUAUGGAUAACAUGCAACCAAAUGAGCUUGUCAAGCGGAUUGCACUAACAGUAUAUUAGAGCAUUCAAAGAAUUCAAUCAUGCUAAUGACAGUUAUAGAUCAACCCGGAUAAAUUUGCUUCUUGUAGGUUGCAUGGGAAUUAUUUCAAGCUUUAACAAAGUUGCUUCUAUAUUUAUGUCUCUUACAAAGAAAGUCUGUGCUCCUUUCUUCCUCUUGUCAAAAUAUUGGUUUGGUUUUCA